AUGGCCAACGACCAGCUCAUCCUCCCCAUCAUCGACUCCCACAUCCACCUCUACCCCGAGUCCGAAGUCGACUCUCUCGCCUGGUGCUCGCCUUCCAAUCCCCUCCACGGCCAGCGCUCCCUUGCCGAAUACAAGGAAGCCACCAAAUCAGCCCCGUCCCUCCUCGGGUUCGUCUUCGUCGAGACAGACCGCAAGCAUGGCCUAGAUGCCGGCGAAACCGACGGCUCAGGCUGGGAAGCCCCCCUCCAGGAAGUCAACUGGGCCAAGAGAAUCGCCCUCGGGCAACCAAAGGACGGGGAGGGCCAUACCGCCGACGACGCGAGGCUGUGUCUGGCCAUCAUCCCCUGGGCGCCACUGCCCAGCGGCAGAGCCGUCAUGGAGAAGUACAUUGACCAGGCAAAGCAGGAAGCCGGGGACGCCUGGCCCAAGGUCAAGGGAUUCAGGUACCUGCUGCAGGACAAGCCCAACGGGACCAUGCUGACAGCCAACUUCGUCGAGAGCCUGAAGCUGCUGGGGGAAAGGGGCUUGGUGUUUGAGGUGGGCGUCGAUCAGCACAGACGGGGCAAGAGACAGCUAGAUGAGCUGGUGGAGAUGAUUGGCAGGGCUCACGACGGGGUCGAGGAGGACAAGAAGGUGACCAUCAUUCUCAACCACCUCUGCAAGCCCGACCUUAGCCUCUACAACAUCACGUCAGACCCCUCCUUUCACGCCUGGCGAACAGCCAUGUACACGCUCAGCAAAGCGUCAAACACGUACAUGAAGCUGUCGGGGGGGUUCUCAGAAAUGCCCGAGGCCCUGCGCGCCCAGGAGCCCGCACGCAUUUUCCAAUCAACGCUGGGGUGGCUGGGCAUCGUGCUGGCGACGUUUGGUCCGUCUCGAAUCAUGUUUGGCAGUGACUGGCCGGUUUGUACGUUGGAGGGAAUGGGCGACGAGGCAUGGCCAAAGUGGAAGGACGUCGUGGAGAAGAUGUGCUGGAUGGCAACAUUGUCGGACGAGGAGAGGGCCAUGAUUUUCGGCGGCACCGCCAAGAAGGCGUAUAAUUUGUAG